AUGACCUCCGACCUCGAGAAGCACCUCUCGCUCGACGAGAAGCCCAAGAUUGAGCAUGACGAGGCCGCCGACUACGGAGAGCACGCCCUCGUCAACAUUGCCGUCGACCGCAUCACCGAGGCGCCAGACUUUGCCGACGGCGCCAAGGCGGCCAACGACCGCGAGCAUGCCCUCUCCUUCCGCGACGGAUGCAGGCACUACCCCGGUGCCUUGCUAUGGGGCAUCGGCAUGUCCUUCACGAUCGUAAUGGAGGGGUACAUCACCUCGCUCGGCCGCAACUUUAUCACCUUCCCCGCCUUUGCUCGCAAGUACGGCGUGUUCCAGGCCGAGAAGAACCGCUGGGUCAUCAACGCAAAGUGGCAGGUCGCCAUGGGCGACAUGGGCAUGAUCGGUACCCUCAUCGGCCUGGUGAUCAUGGGCUUCGUUACCGACAAGUUUGGCCACCGCUACGUCAUGAUGGUUGGAUUGGUCCUCAUCGUCGCCUUCAACUUUAUGACCUUCUUCGCGCCCAACGUCGAGAUCCUCGCGACGGCCGGAUUGCUCGGCGGCAUCCCGAACGGCCUGUUCGGUAUCCUCGGCUCGGUGUACGCGUCCGAAGUCGCUCCGCUCCCUAUCCGCGGUUUCCUCACCUCGUUCGUUAAUAUUUCGUGGAUUAUCGGCCAGUUCGCCGCGUCGGGCCUCAUGACGCGCAUGGUCAAGAUUGACACCGAGUGGUCGUUCCGCAUCCCGAUGGCGAUCACCUGGGCGUGGCCCGUCCCGCUGUUCAUCAUGGCCGUGUUCGCGCCCAACUCGCCGUGGUGGUGCGUCCGCCGUGGCGACUAUGCUGGUGCCGAGCGUUCCCUCCGCCGCCUCGCCUCGCCCAAACACGUGUCCGCGGCCGACACGCGCCGCUCGCUCGCGCUGCUUGUUCGCACCAACGAGCUCGAAAAGUCGAUGAAGACCAAGGCGUCCGUCUGGGAGUGCUUCCGCGGCACCAACCUCCGCCGCACGGAAAUCGCAUCCAUGACCCUCGCGACGCAGGCGUUCUCGGGCCAGACGUUCGCCUACGGCGCGACCUACUUCUUCGUCAUGGCCGGCCUGAGCACCAAGGACGCGUACAACAUGGGUUUCGUGUCCACUGGCGCGGCGUUCGUCGCCACCUGCAUUUCGUGGAUCCUCAACGGCUGGUUCGGCCGCCGCCCCCUCAUCAUCUACGGCUUCAGCGUCAUGACCGGCAUCCUGCUCGUCAUUGGCGGCCUCGCGCUGGUCGACAAGCAGUCGGCCAUCUGGGCCCAGGCUGGCCUCUGUGUCGUCUGGCUCUUUGUCUACUCGAUGACGAUUGGCCCCCAGUCGUUUGGCCUCGCAGCCGAGGUGUCCGCCACGCGUCUCCGCUCUCAGACCCUCGCCAUCGCCCGCUUCUUCUACGUCCUCAUGUCCUUCCUCUGCAACACGGUCGAGCCGUACCUCAUCAACCCCACGGCGCUCAACCUCAAGGGCAAGACGGCGUUCGUGUGGUUCGGCACCUCGUUCCUCACCGUCGUCUGGUGUAUCUUCCGCAUGCCCGAGACGAAAGGCAUCACAUACACCGAGCUGGACUUGUUGUUCGAGCACCGGGUCAAGGCAUGGCGUUUCAAGUCGACCAAGGUGGAUGUGACCGAGGAGAUCGAGCAGUAG